AUGGGAAACUGCCUGGUGAUUCAAGACAGGAAGGAGAUCAAGAUCAUGAGCGUCUUGGACGGCGGCGAAGUCCUCAAGAUGCCAUCCCCGGGCAUGCACAGCUUGAAGAAGGUCCCGGCCGAAGCUGCCCUCUGCGAGCCCCUGCCGGCGGCAGCUGCUGCCGGCGUCGACGACCCCGCUGGCGCCGCCGUCAGGGUGAAGCUGGUGAUCAGCAAGCAGGAGCUCAAGAAGAUGCUCGACAAGGAGGGCAUGUCGCUAGACGACGUGGUGUCUCUCAUGCGCAAGGAAGCGAGUGACCGAGAACAGGAAGAGUUCUGCUGCGGAGGGUGGCGACCGGCGCUGGAGAGCAUACCGGAAGGCAGCGAUCUCUAG